AUGGCCCCAAAACGUCCUUCAUCUUCUCCUGGAACCAGCAGUGGCCCACCAGCUAAGAAAAUGCAGCGCAAGUCACUCACUCUGGCUAAGAAAAUGGAAAUUUUGAGCCGGUAUGACCAAGGACAAAAAACUUCGAUCAUAUCCCAUGCCUUGGGAUUGGGGGAGAGCACACUGGGGCACGUCCGAGACAAUGCUGCAAAAAUACAAGCAACUGUGGAAGCAGGUUCGUCUAGGACAUUGCAGAGGGUAGCCUACAGCAGAUCGUCGGCCAUGGAGAGGAUGGAAAAAAUGCUGGCGACUUGGAUUCAACACCAGAACAAGACCAGCAUUCCUGUUAGUUCGGCCAUCAUUCAGGAAAAAGCUAAAAGCCUCAUUAACGACAUCGAAGGAAAUGACAGGGCAAAUACAUCCUUCCAAGCAAGCUCUGGUUGGUUUGCAAAAUUUAAGCUAAGACACGGGUUUCAUAACAUCAAAAUGACAGGAGAAGCAGCAUCAGCAGACACAGAAUCAGCCAAGAAAUUCCCAGAGAUGCUUAAGAAGACCCUGGAAGAAGGACAAUACUCAUCCAAGCAAGUGUUCAAUGUAGACGAGACCAGCCUUUACUGGAAGAUGCCAGCAAGGACGUACAUCGCACAGGAGGAGAAGACGGCGCCUGGUUUUAAGGCGUCCAAGGACCGCCUGACGCUGCUGCUGGGGACCAACGCUGAGGGGGACUGCAGGCUGAAGCCUGUCCUCAUCUAUCACUCUCAAAACCCCAGAGCCCUUAAGAGAUAUGACCGGGCUUUCCUGCCAGUCCAUUGGUACGCCAACAAGAAGGGCUGGAUGACUGGGAAAAUAUUCAGUGACUACUACAAGAACAAGUUGCACAGCGAGCUGAAAGCCUACUGCAACAAGGAAGGCAUCCCCUUCAAGAUCUUGUUGCUGGUAGACAUUGCUCCCAGUCAUCCAGCCAGUCUUGAAAAUCUCAGCAACAUCAAGCUGGCCUUCCUGCCUCCCAACACGACUUCUCUGCUGCAGCCCUGUGACCAGGGGCUGAUUCAAAUGUUCAAGUCCUACUACCUGAGGUCUACGAACGAGGAGAACAAGACACUGCGAGAUUUCUGGAAGAAUUUUACAAUAAAAGAUGCUGUAACCUUCAUCAAGCAGUCCUGGGCUGAAGUGCCAACGAAAUGUCUGAAUGGUGUUUGGAAAAAACUGUGUCCUCAGUUUGUUCAUUCCUUCAAAGCCUUCAAUGUGGACGACAUCGUUUCAAAGGCAAACAAGGACACAAUCAGCUAUGCCCAGGAUUUAGGCCUUGAUGAAGUGGAGGAAGAGGACAUUGAUCAACUGCUUCAGUCACACAGACAAGAAUUGAGCAAUGAAGACCUGCUGGACAUCGAAGCAGAGAACAAGAGGGAAAGAGAAGAGGCAGAAGCAACGGCAGCGGCAGACAAGGCUGAGGGAGGACAGACGCUCACUGCCACUGUUAUCAGUGAAGCAUUAGGGAAAAUAAAAGAAGGUUUUGCCAUGCUGGAAGAACACGACCCCAAUGUUGAACGAAGCACCACAAUCACAAGAAAGUUGACAGAAGAGGAAGAGGAAGUGGAUGACCCUGAAGCUAUAGGAGAGGAAGUGGAAGUGGAUGUGCCAGAGGAAGUGGACAGCACAGACGAAGAUGGCGAGGGACUGUGA